UUUACCACAUUAAUUGUACUUCGUAUAAUAAUAAUUUAAAAUUUAACGAAGGGAUUCGUUUUUGUUUGUUUCCUUUUUGGAACUUUUUUAGUAAAAUACAAAACCGUCGCGUUCAGAAUGUCAACGGACUUCUGUCGUAUCUGUUCGUCUAUACUGCGUGAUUACUUCGGUCGGGACAUGGCCGAAAUCGUCAAACCGUUGCAAUGGGGCCAAAAAUCUCUGUUGACUUUGGCUUCCUUGUUGGCGGGCAAAUACACCAAGCAGACCAUCCAAGAGGCCCUCGUCGUAUUGUUGCAGUUCAAUUUCGUGUCGGCCAUAUGCAACGUUCAUUCCGUUCAAAUAGAAUACAAAUUGAACACGGACAACGUGAUGUUGGUGUUGAGGUAUCCGAAAUAUCUGUCGAUCAUCAAAAGGAAGUUUGGCGACACUCACAGGGAGCUCGUCCAAAGUCUGCUGUGUCUCGGUCGGGCGUCGCUGUCGAAAAUCGUCGGCGAGUGUUUGAAAACGCACAACAAGGCGGCCAACGAAUUCGACGACUAUUGGGAGAAAGCGGUGGAGCUGGUGAAAAACGAAUACUUCCAAAGGACGCCCACGUACGUGGUGUGGACCGAAGUGAAGUCGAACAAACGGUUUACGGCUCCGGCGAAAAAUCACAAAGACGAAAAGAAAAUUCUGUUCGACGUGAACUUUGAUAAAUUUCACUUAGACAUAAGAAACAAAUUGAUCGUCGACGCCGUCGUCAGGACGUUGGAAGAUGUCGUUGCCGGCGACGUCAUGAAAACCAUAUUGAACCAAUGCGCUGACAAUUAUUCACCCGUUUCGAAUCCCAUACCGUUGCAGUUGAUCCGCAGUAAUUUGACCGUUGGCCAGAAUUAUCUACUGGAAUACAUAACAAUGAUCGAAGAAGAUCCCACUAAAUUUGUGUCCAAGUCGUACGGCACUAUGUGCAAUAUUACUGUGAACUUCAAACAGGCGGUGAGUUGUUUAAACGAAUCGUUAAUCGAUCAAAUGGUCAGUUAUAAAUUUGGUCAAAAUUCGGCUAGGCUUUUCCGUGCGACAAGAACACACAAACUGUUGGAACUGGAACGCCUCCAACAGACGGCGCUGAUACCCGACCGUGAAACCAAAACGUUAACUUCGGAAUUGUUCAUGAAUAACUAUUUGCAAGUUCAAGAACUGAAAAAGCCCAACACUCGUAUUGGACGAAACGACGGGAAAUCGUUUUAUUUGUAUCAUUUGAACGACCGUCAGUUGCACCAAGAACUCACCGAAGAAGUGUUGAAAAUGAUUGGCAAUUGUAUGACGUGGAAAUUCAAAACUUGUGAGGACAACAAACGUCUGUUGAAGAACAAAGCGCGCUUCGAUGGUAUGGUUCAAGGGAUGCAAGAAGCCGACGACGCUUUCUUCGAAGAAGCCAUGGACAAUUUGUUUUCUCCGAGCGAAAGAAUACUGAUCCAGUCUAUCAAAAGACUAUUACGCAAAUGUCAACUAAACAUAAUGCGAUUAGACGAAUGUUUAUUUUUAUUUAGCAUGUACAAACGAUACAAAGAAAUAGGCGAUACCGCAAAAUAAAAAUUCCUAACUUUUGUAUAUCAUAUUUUGUUUUUAACUUUAUUAGAAAAUUUGUUUACAAAUUACAAUUUUUUUUUUUUUUACUUACUA